GAAGCGUCGGCCGAGGCCGCGGGAGGUUGGCGGUGAGCUGAUGCAGGCGGCGCGGCACGUCGUGGUCGCCCUGUCCGGCGGGGUGGACAGCGCCGUGGCCGCGCUACUGCUGAGGCGGAGAGGCUACCAAGUGACAGGGGUGUUCAUGAAGAACUGGGACAUGCUGGAUGAACAUGGAGUUUGCACUGCUGACAGAGACUGUGAAGAUGCUUAUAGAGUUUGCCAGAUCCUAGACAUCCCUUUCCACCAAGUGUCCUAUGUGAAGGAGUAUUGGAAUGACGUGUUCAGUGAUUUUUUAAGUGAAUAUGAAAAAGGAAGGACUCCCAAUCCUGACAUAGUCUGCAACAAGCACAUCAAGUUCAGUUGUUUUUUCCAUUAUGCUGUGGAUAAUCUCGGAGCAGACGCAGUUGCCACAGGUCACUACGCCAGAACCUCACUGGAGGAUGAGGAAGUCUUUCAGCAGAAGCACAUGAGGAGGCCAGAAGGGCUUUUCAGAAAUCGAUUUGAAGUCAGAAAUGCGGUAAAACUUCUUCAAGCAGCUGACAGCUUUAAAGACCAGACCUUCUUUCUCAGCCAGGUUUCCCAAGAUGCCCUGAGGAGAACCCUCUUCCCUCUGGGGGGGCUAACGAAAGAUUUUGUCAAGAAAAUAGCUGCUGAGAAUAGACUCCAUCACGUGCUUCAGAAGAAAGAGAGCAUGGGCAUCUGUUUCGUUGGUAAAAGAAAUUUUGAAAAUUUCAUCCUUCAGUAUUUACAGCCUCGACCUGGUAAAUUUAUUUCUAUAGAAGACAAUAAAGUUCUGGGAACACACAAAGGUUGGUUCCUGUAUACUUUGGGCCAGAGAGCCAAGAUAGGCGGCUUACGGGAGCCCUGGUAUGUGGUGGAGAAGGACGGCACCAAGGGCGACGUGUUUGUGGCCCCCCGGACAGACCACCCGGCUCUGUACAGGGACCUGCUGCGGACCAGCCGCGUGCACUGGAUCGCGGAGGAGCCGCCCACCGCCCUGGUCCGGGACAAAAUGAUGGAGUGCCACUUCCGGUUCCGCCACCAGAUGGCGCUAGUGCCCUGUGUGCUGACCCUCAAUCAAGACGGCACCGUGUGGGUGACGGCUGUGAAGGCUGUGCGGGCCCUGGCCCCGGGACAGUUUGCCGUUUUCUACAAAGGGGAUGAGUGUCUGGGCAGCGGGAAAAUCCUGCGCUUGGGGCCAUCUGCCUACAUACUCCAGAAGGGCAAGAGCAAGUCCAGAGUGGCCACCGAGAGCCCCGGCGACGGCCCCGGCAAUGGCCCACGGCUGGGCCCCGCGCUCUGAAGGAGGCCGAGCUGCCGCCGAGCGCCCGGGAGCAGACACGGAGGAGCAGAGCCUGGGGUGGAGCAGUCGGGGGGAGCUUGGCUUGAGUCUGCCGCCCCAGUUCUAUCCAGGUGGCCAGGGUUCCAGCAAGCCUCCCGAGCCUGGGAGAGCCCCAGAAAGGCCUGCCCUGUCUUCUCCAAGUUGGUGCUCUGGCCAGAAGGACUUGCUGCCGAGUGGGUGGGUCCCAAGGGCCCCGCUUGCAGAGUUGCUCUUUCGUGCCCCAGGGAAGGCCUCCCACCCGCAAGCACACAGGCGGACUGCGGAGGAGGCUGCAGGGCCCGCAUCCAAUAAAAUGAGUGUCUGGGACACAGAGCCUGCCGGACUCUCCUGGGGAGGGAGCAGGCCUCCGGUGCACAGCUUGGGCAGAGGGACGCCAGCCCUGCUCCCCCGUUCACUGCCCCCCCCCCCAUGCCCUCCCUCCCUCACCUGUGUCGGAAAGCGAGUCCCAGCCCGCAGGGGUGCAGUGCGGGUGUGUGAGGGGGCCGGCUGCGCCAAGGCCAUCUCUCCCCCUGCAGAGCACCCGGUGCCCUGGCUGCGGUCACAGGGAAACCAGGACUGAGGGGCCUUCGUCCCAGUGGGGCGGGGCUCGGCGGGUGUUCCCUGCGGGGCAGCUUACUCACCAGAAGUCUGGGCCCCCGCGGUGCCUUCGGCCGAGGUUCCCCCAGUGGUUCGCCGACGGCCGACUUCUCGCUAUGUCCUCAACGGCCAGAGGGGCGAUGGGUCUUUCUGGGGCCUCACACCGUGCCAUCCCCCGGGGCUCCACCCUCACGACCCAAGUGCCUCCCAAAGAGCUCCUCUGUUCACACCAUCACAUCGGGGAUUUAGGGUUUCC